AGUUACGAUGAAGAUGAUGAAGAAAAAGAAAAAGAUGAAGAAAUGGAAAGGAGUGUAGAUCAGAAGAGACCAUCGCUUUUAGGUUUGGUCAAAUCUGUUAAAGCGAAAAUGGGUUCGCCACAACCCCAACCACGCAGAAAAAGGUUUAUACCAAAGUACGAUGUUGAAGGUGUGUACACAUUAAUACUAGGGGAGGAAACACAGAUCCAAAUAGAAAUGGUUAUAGGAAAUCACAUUAGCUCCCAAUACCCAUGGAAAUCCGUGAGUAAAGACAAGAUAAUGGAAACUAUCGAUAUAGGCGGAGAGUUAUCUGAAUUUUUCGUUUUAAAACAACAGAUUGAAGAGUAUCCAGAAGACGAAAUUCUUUUAGGAUACAUUGCAGACGAAUCUAAAGACGUAGAUGAAUUUUAUGUUUGCUGUACGAUAGAGGCUAGAGAUCAUUGCAAGCAACAAUCGGAUAAAUUCAUUAAACGCCAAGAGAAAAAGUUAGAAAAGAAAGUUCAAAAGAAACCACGACCUUGGAAAAGUUUGGGGAGUGAAAUAGAAAUAACAGAGCUUUUACCUGUAAAUACAAGAGCCUUAAUGGAAAUGGAGAUAAAAGCAAAAUUUCCUAGAGCUACUCAUCCACAGUCGUUCAAAGUAAGAGAUACGAAUUCUUGCCGAGAUGGUUACAUCGAAUUGACACCUUACAGACAAAAGUUCAAUAAUGUAUUCAAAUGUCGUGUAGAUGCUGCUAUACAAGUUGCUCCAGGUUUGAUAUCUAGACCAGCUCAAACAGAGCUAAGAUAUCCACAAAAUAUGUGGACUCAAUCAAUUGCUGAUGCUUUAGGAAAAGUCGAAGAUACAGACGCGGGAGGUGAUACAGGUCAAGGUGGUGGUGGCGGCGGCGGCGGCGGUGAUGCAGGAGGAGAAGGAGAAGUUGGAGAUGAAAAGGCAGAGGGAGCGAGCUCUGAUGAAGAUGAUGAUGAUGACGUUAAAGAACCUCCCGAUGAGGUUGGACUGAGAGCUUACAAAGAAGCCUUACAACGCAUGCGGCGACCAUCAUAUAUAAAAAAGAUCAAUAGUUUUAUGUCUUCAAUAUGUGAAGAAGUUAACUCAAUUGUCGAAUUAAAUACUGUUAUGGAUAUUUAUUGUAACGACUAUCCCAAUUUAGUUACAGUAAAAACAGUUGAUACUUACAGCUCUAUGAUAUUUGAAGAAUACGUUUGCUUUACUGAUGUUCGAGCUAAAGAUAAAUAUGUGUCGUCUGCCGUUUUUCAUCCGAUGUGGUCGGGUAUUGUAGCUCUUUCGUAUGCUGAUGGAUCACCGACAGUCAUGAAGACUUUAACUACUCGACCUGACCCAAUUCAAAGAGCUGUAUACGGUCUAAAUCCAGUCAUGAUUUGGAGUCACAUUGACAGUUUAAUACCUAAACUUUAUUUAGAAGCACCUCGAGAAGUCAAAGUUCUUUCGUUUUGUCCAUUUAAUGAAAAUGUGCUGGUUGGUGGCUGUAUAAAUGGUCAAAUUGUUGUAUGGGAUCUCACAAACAAGUUAGAAAACGUUGAAAAGAUUAUAGUAUUAAGCGAAAAAAGAGAAAAAUAUCGCAUCGCUAUGAACGCUCAUAUGACCUGGAUGAAAUCUGUUCAAGAUAAUGCAAUAGUGCAGGCUACUGUAUUAAGUAAUUUAAUAACAAGCCAUUAUGGAGCAGUUACAGCUAUUGAGUGGCUCUCACCCAAUUUCGUUAUUAGUCCGACGGGAAAAAUGACAAUGUCUCCUGAGAAAAAGAAGUCAACAAUGUUUUUUACAGGUUCUGAAGAUGGAACAAUAUUAGUUUGGAAUUUGUCUGUUGAAAAUGUAACACUCUUUGAAAACAAGAAGGUUAAGAAAUCUAAGCGUGUUUUGAGAAGACCUUCCGGGCUAUUAGUGGACGUUUCACCAUUCAAGAUACUUGAUCGUAUUUUACAACCUUGUUAUAAAAUUAUUCUAGGUAUUGCAGGUCAGCCAUCAAGUUAUAUAAAUUUACAAACUUUUGGUAUGGGCUGUCCUCCAAUAAAAUAUAUUUAUACGCCACGAAACACCGGUUUUGGGAGAAAAUAUUUUUCUUUCGAAAUUGUUCCCCAAACGGAGGAUGAUAUGGAUCAUGACAUUUACUGCGGCUCACAACAUGGGGAAAUGAGAAAAGUAGAAUUCGAGGGCCAUGAGUUCAACACUGGUGAACUUGUUAAUUCCGAAUUUGUUAAUAUAAAAUACAUUUGUUGCAUCCAUGACGGUAUAUUAUCAUGUACCAAAAGAAAUCCAUUUCUCAAAUACUUGACACUAACAGUAGGUGGGAAAGUCUUUGCAAUAUGGUGUGAUAAACUUAAUGGACGACCACUUAUAUGGAAACAACGUCCAUAUUGUUUGACAGAUGCAGCUUGGUCCUUAUACAAACCUAGUGUAAUAUUUAUUGCUACGGCUGAAGGAAGUCUUGAAACUUGGGAUUUAUUGCUUAGAAGUGAUCAACCAAUUUCAGUACAAACGCUUUCGGGUACCAUGCUAACUGGAGUUAGUCUCCAUACAUUGCCAUUAGAAAAAAAUAUAAUUGGUGUGAGUGACGCGAACGGAUCAUUCAAAAUGUUUUUAGAUCCUCCUAUUUUCAUGCUUGAGAAUCCUAUAUACCAAUCGCGAUUGGAAAGUAUGAUUAACAGGGAGUUAAAAGUUAUGCUAACAUUUAUAUCAUGGCAAGAAGAAUGGAUGAAAAACAAUCCCCAAAUUUUAAUUGAAAUGAAAAGAAAGGAAGGUGCUUUACUCGCUGAGAAGGAAGAGCAAAAACGAAGAGAAAGAGAAGAAGAAGAAAAAAGAUUAGAAGAGGAAGCAGAAGCAAGAAGGCUAGAGAGAAUGAAAGUUAUUGGUCCAGAAGAGAAGUGGCAAAUGAUUAUUCAAAAGUUGAUAGAAAGAACGAUUGCUGUCAAAAAGAGAAUAAAUAGAGCAGAAUUAAUCGAACAUGAGAAACCACUAAGGGAGCUAGAGGCCCAACGGCUGGAAAAAGAAAGAAGAAUGCUUGAAAUCAUGAAAAAUCAGAACAGUAUUUUCAAUGACACUGUUGCGAUACUUUUCCCGGAAGCUAUUAAGAAAAAGGCUAAAGUCAAAAAGAGUUUGUUGGCUGACAAUAAGGAAUUAAUAAAGAAAGAGUACAUGGAGGACUAUGAAUAUUUGAAGAAAACUGCACACGCGACUGUUAAAGAUAAUCCUUAUAAAGUGCCUUUCUGCUGGGAUGUAACGUUGGCAGAAGGGAAGGAAAGAAGGAAUGCUUUGACAGCUUAUAGUGAUUUGAUAAUGAUGCAUAGGCAGAGGAUAGCAGAAUCGAGCCGAGAGCCAUCGGUAACAAAGGUUGUGCCCAAGAAACCACUAGUCGCAGAUUCUAAGAUGGAGCCAACGAACGUCGAAGUCGUCUCGGACUCACUAUCGACUAUGUCUUAAUAUUGUUAUCACUUGAAUUAUACUUCUUUAGAUUUGGUAAUAAAGUCGUUAUUCGCUAUUAUAAAAAUGACAAAUUUAUGGUUGUAACGUUUUUAUCAUCAUCACAAUUGAUAAAUUAAUCAAAUUUAAUUGGUUGGUGUGGCCGACAGGUUUAUUCAAUCAUGAUGUCCUUUAGAUAAUGUUAGAUUUAUUCAAUUUUAUUUUACAUCUUCAUAAUAGUAUAUAGUAAUAUUUUUGUCUGUGUGAAUUUAUUACUUAUGAUUAUAUUAAAAA